UUCACUGUGACCCUAAUCUGCUUAAUUGCAUGAAGCUGCUGAACCAGUGUCUCCGCCUGUGGCCAGGUGGCACAAACCAAACAAACACAGGAGCGAAGAGGCGACAAGGCGUUCCUCACGCUCUGCACAAUAUGAUUCAACAAAAACUCAAGCAAGACCUGUUCACCAAACCUGGGCGUCCCCAGCAAGAAGACACGGUGACCGUCCAGGUUAAAAAUACCCCGUUGCAUCUCAACGGUCAAAACCUCAGACUAGCUGCUAAAAAUGGCUGCAAUUCCAAAACACCUGGCCUCCAUCUGUCAGUGCACCGCCGAAAGGAAGCGGCGUCCCCGCCGCUGCGGGAGGGUACGGCGCCGUUGAGCGCGCUGCUGCUCAAGUCGUCCCUGCAGGACAGGGACGCCGAGAACCACCUCAUCAGACGCCCGCUGAAGCUCUCCCCGCUGGAGCUGCCCGAGGAGGUGAGGAGCGCUCAGAAGCAGAAGCUACAGUGCGCCCAGCGAGAAGUCAAACCCGCUUCCUGUUCGCCAGCCGAGCCCCAAACGGGGAGGAUGAGGUCCUGUGCGAGACAGGGACUGGUGAAAGCAGCGGGUUGCCCUUCGGCUUACACUGAGCCUCUCAAAGCCCAGCAGAAACACGCUGACGAGCAUCUGAAGGACGUGGUGUGUCGAGGCACCCCUGCUCCUCUCUGCAGAAAACCUGCCCCUCUUAUUCUUUCCCCGCGAGUUAAAGCGCGCGCGCGUGGCAGAGGGGGCGCGUCGCCUGAGCCCGGUUCACUCCAGCAGGAGACGUGGAGGAGGCGACCGAAGCUCUCCAGAGCCCCGUGCCUAGAAGACGAGCCGUCGGCCGCAGAGGACGGCGGCCGGGCCGGAGCGGCGCGAGGCGGAGGGCAGCGGCUGGAGAGAGCUGCAAGAAGGAAGACAACACCUGGAAAAGGCUUCAACGAGGCGCCGGCAGCCUCGCGGGAGCACGGAGGUGUCUGAAAGAGUCAUCAGAAGAACGGAGGGCAACAACGUGCUCCAUAGGCUCUGGAUCAGCAGUCAGCUGACGGUGGAAACAGUGGAUGAGUGCUUGAGAGUGAAGAAGGAGGAAAAGGCCCUCGAUCUCAAAACUUAACAAGGCAGCUUCUAUAGAGCAUCUCCAAGUAUAAUAUAAUGGCAUUUUCAAGAAUUUGAACUUUCAUAGACGUCUUACCCAUACUGUGUCUACUUUGUAUACAACAAGCAUCAUAUCCACUCCUAAGUUCGGUCUGAUGUAUUUGUGUUGUUCCAGCUUGCUGACAUUAACGUCAGUGAGUUUACUUCCUGAAAUGCAGUAGCUGAGUGUUGUUGCAGUUUAACGGCCACUGAUGCUCUUUUCUCUUCCUACUAUCUAUGACUCUAUGUAAUCUGCUUCAUUCCUUAUGUUUAUGUUCCUUAUUAAAUCAAUCAUGUAUUUACUUUAAAUAAAUGGCAGUACAGUUCAUCAUCA